AUGGUGAAAUUCUCAAAGCAAUUUGAAGGACAAGUCAUUCCUGAAUGGAAAGAUGCUUUUGUAGAUUAUAGCCAACUUAAGAAGGAUAUUAAAAGAAUUCAAGUUCUUAACAAUAUCAACAAUGAACCAAACAAUCACCGAAUGAUAUCUUCGCCCUUUUCGUUACUACGAAAAAUCUCUUUAUUCGGACAUCAACAAAGAGACCAUGAACCAAUUCAAGUUCAUAGGAAACUUGUUUCAUCAACAAGUAAAGGUGACAUGUAUGAGACACAAUUGUUGGAGCAAUUUGCUGACACUGAUGCUACUAAAGAAUUUUUUGCAUGUUUGGAUCAAAAUCUCAACAAGGUGAAUAAGUUCUAUAGGACAAAGGAGAAAGAGUUUGUAGAUAGAGGAGAGUCAUUGAAGAAACAAAUGAAUAUUCUCAUUGAGCUCAAAUCUGCAUUCAUGGAGAAGAAAAGUAAAGGAAGCUCUUCUCAAUAUUCCAAGGAGGAAGAAUCUGUGUCAUGCACAUUUUCUAGUAGUGAGGAUGACUCUGUUAGGAGCAGCAGAGAACAAACAUGUGAUUUGGAGAAAAUCGAAGAGGACUUAACUCAAUCAAAUGAAGAAGAAAAAUCGAUGAAUUUGAAAUGGGUUGAUGGUAAAUUAAGGACAUUAUCUGGCCAUAUGGUUAGUUCCAAAGGAAAGAAUGUGAAGAUAAAUAUUCCUUUGACAACUCCUUCACAAACUUUAUCAGAAAUUAGUUACCUUGUGAUGGAAGAUUUGUUCAACCAAUCUUCAAAGAAAUCUAAUCCAGAAAAUGGUGUUCUUCAUCUUAACAAAACAAGGUUACAUCAUGCUGAAAAAAUGAUCAAAGGUGGUUUCAUUGAGCUUUAUAAAGGCUUAGGAUAUUUGAAUGAUUAUAGGAACUUGAACCUGCUUGCAUUUCUAAAGAUUCUGAAGAAAUUUGAUAAGGUCACUGAAAAACAAAUUCUUCCGAUCUAUCUUAAAGUAGUUGAGAGUUCAUAUUUCAACAACUCGGACAAGGUGGUAAAGUUGAUGGAUGAAGUGGAGGAGUUAUUUGUCAAGAACUUUGCUAAAGAUGAUCAUAGAAAGGCAAUGAAAUACCUUAGACCAAUUCAUCAUAAGAAAGAAUCACAUGCUUUAACUUUCUUCAUUGGACUAUUUACGGGCUGCUUUUCGGCACUUUUUGUUGGAUAUGUUUUAAUGGCUCAUGUUACUGGACUCUACAAAAGACACCAAAAUUCACUCUACAUGGAAACUGUAUACCCUGUGCUCAGCGUGUUCAGUCUCAUGUUUCUACAUUUCUUCCUCUACGGAUGCAACAUUUUCGCGUGGAGAAAGACUCGUAUAAACUACAAAUUUAUUUUCGAGAUGGCCCCGACUAAGGAACUAAAGUACAGAGAUGUAUUCUUGAUUUGUACAAUGUCUAUGACUGCUGUGGUUGGAGUCUUGUUUUUUCAUUUGACUCUACUCACUAAAGGGUAUACCUAUGCACAAGUUCAAUUCCUUCUUGGCCUGCUUUUCCUCGCCUUCUUACUAUUACUUGUUUGCCCCUUCAACAUUAUAUAUCGGUCGAGUCGUUACCACUUCCUUUGCGUGAUAAGAAACAUAAUUUGGUCACCCCUUUAUAAGGUUGUGAUGCUGGACUUUUUUAUGGCUGAUCAACUUUGCAGUCAGGUUCCAAUGCUAAGGAACUUAGAGUUUAUGGUAUGUUACUAUAUAACUGGGAGCUACAAGACUCAAGAUUAUGGAUAUUGCAUGAGAGUGAAAAACUAUAGAGAUUUUGCUUAUGCAGUGUCUUUUCUUCCAUAUUAUUGGAGAGCAAUGCAGUGUGCAAGAAGAUGGUUUGAUGAAGGAGAGACAAGUCACCUUAUCAAUCUAGGAAAAUAUGUUUCAGCUAUGUUAGCUGCAGGUGCUAAAGUUGCUUAUGAAAAAGAUAAAAGUGUUGGAUGGUUAUGUGUUGUGGUGACCAUGUCAAGUGUUGCAACUUUGUACCAAUUGUAUUGGGACUUUGUUAAGGAUUGGGGUUUACUACAAAUGAACUCCAAGAAUCCUUGGUUAAGGAAUGAAUUAAUGCUAAGAAGAAAAGCCAUUUACUACUUCUCCAUGGUACAUAAAUCAUAUCAUUUAAUACUAUGUACUACCGACACUUCAAAUUGA